AUGCCCUAUAACACUCGUCGCAAGUCACUCUCGCUCCCGUCGCUGGGGAUACAACUCCCAAAUUCCUCCCGGCGGUCGCCCUCCUUCUCAAAAGCACACAGCGAAGACCACCCGACGAAAAAAGUCAAGAGAUCCCACACGGCCUCAUUAUCACCCGAGCCGGCCGACAAGGCCGCGCGCGCGGCCCGACAUGGUUUAUUCGAGCACACACCGCCGCCCUCGCCCAUGGACGGCGUGCACGCGCCCAAAAUCGACACAGAAGGAAUUAAUGAUGAUAUCGUGGUCGCGGUGAUCAACCAACUGGAGAAGACCGGCAACCGCCCCCAUCUCGUGAAGGAACUCGCCGCCGUCUUGGUCGCGUUGAACGGGAAUGUCGCAAAUUCUGCCAACCCGGCUGCACUACUGUCCUCGCGGUUGGCCGCCUAUAUGAAGCGCUCGUGGACGGCGUUGGCGCCCUGCCCCAUCGCUAAGGAGCUUGUUUUAAUUCACCCGCGCAAAGUGUACUACUACCUCACGACGUUCCCUCAUCAGCCCAUCCCCGAGACUGACGAUGUUGUUCCUGCCGUAGAUGGCAAGCGAAUCACACCCAGUGUCUCCAGCCUCGAGGAUGAGGAUGAUGCGAUGAUGCGGGAACGGAGCCCCAGUCCCGAAGUGGACUUGUCCUCGCCCGACUUCGAAGAUCUGAACGCCAACCGCGGCCCUAGUGCCGAUCACUUCCCCGAUGCUAGUAAUCUCACCCGGCUCAUGCACUCGCACCGUGCGGCUUCUCCGCCCCUGGAGGGCGAUGAGAAGGAAUUCACCCAGACCGCCAGCGCUGUGCGUGAGCGGGCCUCCGAGGAGAAGGCCAGCGAGUCCAGCCGCAGCCAGUCCAUCCUCUCCGAGAGACUGAGCGCCAUGGAAGAUGCGCCGUCGCAGUCCCCUUUAAAUGGGGGCUCGAUGUCCCCGGACGACGGCAUGUCCGAAGAAGAGUAUAGUGACUACUUCUCGCACAUUCCCGCCGACCACAUGGCCCAGGACGACGAGGCCGCUGCCUCCGCCCUCUUCGGCACCUCGCCUUCUCCCUCUCUCACCUCCAUCGCGUCAUCGGUCUCGUCUGGCACGAGUCUGAUCGAUGCCGGUAUGGAUCUGGCCCUGGCCGGCAAGCCUGCGGCUCCCCAGAUUGCUCUUCCCGAAGAUCCCGCCGCCCCUGUCUCAACCCUCAAGCGCUCGCUGGACAUGUUGAACAGCGGCCUGCCCGACGUGGAUCUCAAGAUGUCGGAUCUGACGGAAUCGCACGAGCGUCUCACGCUCACCCCGCGCCCCGUGUCCAUGAGUGCAGAGCCUGUCUUUGACUCGUGGCGGGAGCUGCAAAACCCCGAGAUGGUGGAAGUCGACGAGCUGGAUGAGAUGUUUGGCGAAAUCUAA